AAUCAUGGAUAUUAUGGAUUGGAAUAUGUUUGCUCCACCAAACCAUGGCUCAAUUCCUCGUGUUCAUUUAAUUGCAUUUUUGGAUAGCACACCAGAAAAUUAUUGUGAAUCAGUAGAUCGCAUUGAAAUUGGAGAAUGCUACAACAGCAACUCAGGCAAUACAACAUUGAGCAGUGGUGAUGGAAGUUCAUCGUCAAUUAUAAUUGGUGACUUAUGCAGCAAAAUUGCUCAACGUCGCGGACAUCCCUCGGAAAUUCUCUACGAAUGUACUUUAUAUGAUUUUUUAGAAAUUGCUUUUGCGUGGUCACAAAGUAAAUUAUUUGAUAUUGGUGGCAAGGCAGUCGUUAAAAUGAUACAAGGUAUGACUGAACUUCCCAAAUCUGUUAUGCACAGAUUUAUUGGUGUCGUUUUAUUGUGUUCAUUUGUGUUUGCAUUUAAGUGAUU